AUGGCUGUCCUGACAGCUCAGCUCAGGAGUCACUUGUGGAAGCUGCACAGAAUACUCAAUUCAACAUGGCUGCGGCGGGCCAUGCGCAGAGAUGCUCCCCGCUGCAAUGUGGAGCUUGAGCACGUGAGCAGCACAGCUGUGCCCCACCCGGGAGAACUCCACCCCUUCCCCACUUAUGAGAUCCCUAUAAAGCUGCCUGGCGGCCAAAAAAUAAACUUUGGAACAUAUGAUAAUUACAUCCCAGUCAGUGAAUUAAGCAAAAAAUCAUGGAAUCAGCAACAUUUUGCCCUGCUAUUUCCCAAACCACCACGGCCAGGAACAAAAAGGAGAUCAAAACCUUCCCAACUACGAGACGGUACAGUUCCUAAAUAUGAGGAAGAGAAAUUAAGGGAAGGUCGUAAACCACCAUUAUGGAUGCACCGCUCUUUAAUGAGAAUUUCUGAGAGACCAUCUGUUUAUUUAGCUGCUAGGAGGCAGCCUCCACAGAAACCAACUCCUCACUCCAGGGAGGAUGCUAAAGGUGUAGCGAAACCUUCAUCUCCAGCAAUAAUUAAGAAAAGUAAAGAAGACAAGAAGGACAAAUCAUAUUCAGAAGCAGAGUCCACAGUUUCAGAGGAAAAACUUCCGAAAGGUUCAAAGAAAGAACCAGGAGCUAAGGAGAAAGCUGAUGCAAAGAAAGAUGUCAAAAUAGAGAAAAAAGGUUCAAAGAAGGGCAAGGAGUCAGGUAUAGAAUCUGAAGAUGAAAAAGCGGGUGCACAAAAAGUUUCUAAAAAAGAAAAGAAAGACUCAAAGAAGGGCAAGGAGUCUGCUACAGAAUCAGAAGGUGAAAAAGGAGAUGCAAAGAAAGACGCCAAAAAAGGUAAGAAAGACUCAAAGAACGGCAAGGAGUCUGGUACAGAAUCAGAAGGUGAAAAAGGAGAUGCAAAGAAAGAUGCUAAAAAAGAUAAGAAAGAUGCGAAGAAGGGCAAGGAGUCUGCUACAGAGUCAGAAGGUGAAAAAGGAGAUGCAAAGAAAGACGCUAAAAAAGGUAAGAAAGACUCAAAGAAGGGCAAGGAGUCUGGUACAGAAUCAGAAGGUGAAAAAGGAGAUGCAAAGAAAGAUGCUAAAAAAGAUAAGAAAGACGCGAAGAAGGGCAAGGAGUCCGCUACAGAGUCAGAAGGUGAAAAAGGAGAUGCAAAGAAAGACGCUAAAAAAGAUAAGAAAGACUCAAAGAAGAGCAAGGCAUCCACUACAGAAUCAGAAGGUGAAAAGAAAGAUGCAAAGAAGGAUAAGCAAGGAAAAACGGAUUCAAAGAAACCCGGCGACAAAGGUGAUGAAUCAAAGGACAAGAAAGAUUCAAAGAAGAAGGAGAGUAAAAAAGAUAAGAAAGAUGAAAAGAAGCCCAGUGAGGCAGAUAGUGAAUCAAAGGAUGCUGCCAAGAAAGAAAAGAAAGAUGCCAAGAAAGAUGCCAAGAAGGAUGCCAAGAAAGAGGGUGACACAGAAUCUGCUGAGUCAAAGAAAGAUGCCAAGAAGGAUGCCAAGAAGGAUGCCAAGAAAGAUGCCAAGAAGGAUGCCAAGAAGGGCAAGUAG